ACAUGCCUCUCAUAUACUACGAUCGCACGAUUAACUCGCCCCAGGAGCUCAUCCUGGCGGGAUUGCGGGAUGCAAACGCAGGCACCUCCCUGGGCGAUCUGGCCACCUUUGUGACGCGGAAGACGGGAUUUCCGGGUGAAGUCUGUUUUAAGGUUAUCACGGAGGCAAUCGAGGAGGGCAUGGCCUCCAAGACCAUACGCCAAGUGCAGGGGCUCUUCUACGACAUACCGCCGAAACCCGACCGUCUGCGCGCUCCUCGAAAAUGCAAAAUAUCGCAACCAAAGCCGGAGAACGACUGUUGCGAUAAUUAAUUCAUAAUGCCGAGAGUAUCCGCUCGAGUGGCCGAGAAGAGCAGAGCAAACACUUUAUUAAAAUUAAAAUUUAUCUAAAUUGCGACAGCCAGCUAUUUUAUCCGCAAAGUACUUGAACAACUUUGCCCGCCUUCGUCUGACAAUGACGGAAGGGUUGAUGUUGAUGCCAGGCGGCGCUCCCCGCAAAGUGCACUCCUUGCUGCUGCAGCGUCUUGUGUCUGUCAAACGUCAGUCUUGGCGUUGUGGAGCGUUGAAAUUGAAAGCUCCGCUCGCUUUGUCUUUUGGCCAGGUGGGGCAAAGGCAAAAAAAAAAAAGAAGAAGGGAGGGAAGGUGAGGAGAAAGGGAGAAGUGGAGGUGUGGGCCCGGGCCUUUGCAUUCUCAAUGUGUCACUUUGAUUUAUUAUUUUCGACAGCCCUCCCCACGGAGCCCUGCCUUCAGGACUCAUGAGUCUAAGCAGCAGCAGUAG